UAUAACCUCUUCGUACGUCUCAGUAGCAACAAGUUUUUUUUGUUUUUAAAGUUAUCUAAAACUAUUUACAAAUAUGAAGAAUGGAUGAUUUCGGGAAACACGCACCUUCGUACCAACUAGAUCAAGAAAUAUUGGACGCACGUGGCAUCAAUAUGACAGUUGAAGAGGUGGCAGGCUUACCUACAUGCAAGUAUACGGAAAGAGUUCAAAGUCUGAUACUAAACGACGACGACUUGGCUUUUCUGAAGGGUCUCCGACGGAGAAUUAAGAACAGACUCGCCUCACAGAACAGCCGGCGACGCAGUAUGGAGCACUUGCGCCGCCUGACUCGGGAGCUGCGAGCGGUGAGGGCGUGUCGAGAGGACGCGCUGAGUGAGAGGCGCGCCCUCUUAGAAUCCAGAACGGAAUUACGGAAGAGUUUUAGUUUGCUACGGAACCAUGUCCUGCAGACGCUAAAACAUCGUUCCGAUCCCACAGAAGUACCGGACAUUGAACACGAAAAAACUGAAUCUCAUUAUAAAGAAAUUACAAUGAAAAAUGUCGAAACGAAACCAUUGCCAACGAUGCAGAGUUUGCGAGAUGACUGCAUGGAGACGGACAGACAUGUUUUCGAAUGUCGCAUCGAUAAGCUGGUUCAGCAGAGCGUCAACCAUAUGUACAAAGGGAAGGCGGAGAAGCGAGUGUACGCGAAGACGAUAUUCUUGGACGGAAAGAAAGGUGUUGGGUCGGCGAAAGUCGAUGGGGUUGAUGGGGUUCUGGAUCUUUGUGUCAAGGAGAAGAAGAGGAGUCACGGCAGGAAGCAAUUGGCGCCGAGAAGGAUAACGUAUUGCGAAGAUAAUGACGAUGGUGUCCUCGAUUUGAAGAUAAAAAAGUAACCCAGUGACAUUCUUAGACAGUUAAACCCUUAAAAUUAUAAGUAGCCAUUAUAUGUAGAC